UUUAAAUUGUAUUUAGUCAAUUUAGUAUUACAGAAGUCAUUUACGUUGUUUACGUGUGUAGAAAUAAUUGUGAUAAAAUGUGACACUUGCAGGCUUCGCACUCAUCUACUAAAACCUACUAUUUACUACUUUUUUUACGUUAUGCUACUAAUUAGAAAAAUGAAUAACACGACAACUAAGAAAAUUUGUGGUAUUGGAGCUGGAUAUGUAGGUGGACCAACGUGCAGUGUUAUUGCUUUAAAGUGUCCAGAAAUUCAAGUUACUGUCGUUGACAAAAGCAAAGAUAGAAUAGCUCAAUGGAAUUCGGAUAAAUUGCCAAUUUACGAACCCGGUUUAGAUGAAGUGGUGAAAAAUUGUCGAGGACGCAAUUUGUUUUUCUCAACAGACAUUGAAACAGCAAUUAAAGAAGCAGACAUUAUUUUCAUUUCCGUGAAUACACCAACAAAAACAUUUGGCAUUGGUAAAGGAAGAGCGGCCGACUUGAAGUACGUUGAAAACGCUGCAAGAAUGAUUGCGGAAAUUGCAACGGAGAAUAAAAUUGUUGUAGAAAAAAGUACAGUACCUGUUCGUGCUGCUGAAAGUAUUAUGAAAAUAUUGCGAGCCAAUCACAAGCCAGGUGUAUCAUAUCAGAUUCUUUCAAAUCCAGAGUUUUUGGCUGAAGGAACUGCUAUAAAUGACUUAAUUAAUGCCGAUCGAGUAUUGAUUGGAGGUGAAGAUUCUACUGAGGGUCAAGCUGCAAUAGAAAAAUUAAGCAAAGUUUACGAGCAUUGGUUACCACGAAAAAAUAUUAUAACGAUGAACACUUGGAGUUCCGAACUUUCAAAGUUGGCUGCAAAUGCAUUUUUAGCUCAACGAAUUUCCAGUAUUAAUUCAUUAUCCGCAGUUUGUGAAGCUACAGGGGCUGAUGUUUCUGAAGUAGCUCGUGCUGUUGGUCUCGAUUCUCGAAUUGGAUCUAAAUUUCUACAAGCUUCAGUUGGAUUUGGAGGUUCAUGUUUUCAAAAAGAUAUUCUCAACUUGGUUUAUAUUUGUGAAUGUUUAAAUCUACCGGAAGUAGCAGCCUAUUGGCAACAAGUUAUUGACAUGAAUGAAUAUCAAAAAAUGAGAUUUUCCUCUAAAAUCAUUGAAUCACUAUUCAAUACUGUUACGGAUAAAGAAAUUGCUCUCUUAGGUUUUGCAUUUAAGAAAAACACGGGUGAUACACGAGAAUCUGCUGCUAUUUAUGUUGCAAAGACUUUAUUAGACGAAGGUGCAAAAUUGCACAUUUAUGAUCCAAAGGUUGAAGAGGAGCAAAUUAUAGAAGAUCUAACACAUCCCUAUGUCACAAUUGAACCAGAAUUGGUGAAGCAUAGAAUCAGUAUUUACAGUAAUGCUUAUGAAGCUACAAAAAAUGUGCACGCAAUAGUUGUAUGCACUGAAUGGGAUGAGUUUCUGGAAUUAGAUUAUAAACGAAUAUACUCAAAUAUGAUGAAACCUGCGCAUAUUUUUGAUGGGAGAAAAAUUUUGGAUCAUGACGAACUUCAGAAGAUUGGAUUUAUUGUACAAACUAUUGGUAAAAAGGUGAUGAGAACGGGAAUAUCGAGGAUCUGGGGCAGUCAAACUCAAAUAUGAUUUUAAAAUUAAAAUAUAGAAUUAUAUUCAAUUAUUGCUCAGAUUCCAAUCUGUAUAAAUUAGUCUCUAAGUUAAAAAAAAAGA